AGGGUUGAAGAGCCCCUUAUAAACGGCCCAGCAGGUCCACUUUUCUAAGGGAAACCGAAACCGAUCUGCACCCCAGACAAAAAGUGUCAAAAGGGACAGACCCGACUUUCUUCAACUACUUUAUAUCAAGCAACGUCAACUCAAGAGCUUGCUGUGUCAAUAUGUCUAGCCAGACUCCUCCUUCUCGGUCUUACGGCACAAUCCUGGUCGUCGGAGGCUGCGGUUUUCUAGGGUCGAGAGUGGUCGAUCAGCUGCUGAACUUCCCCUCAGAGGAGCAGGAGCUGGACCUGCAUUCGCGUAGCAGCCACCACAGCCAAACAACAAUCGCUAAUGGCUCGUCUCAAGCAUUCUCCUUUCCCUCCCUGCGCUCACGAUACCCUUCUACCCGCGAUACAAAAGUACACGCCCUUGACCUGCGGUGUACAACGCACAUUUUCCCCGGCGCAACGUACCACGAAGGAGACAUCACCUCCGUCGAAUCUUUACUAGAGGUCUUUCGGACCGUCAAGCCCGAUGUGGUCGUCAACACUGCCAGUCCGUCGUUCGAAGCACCGCCUGCGAUUUUGAGGAAAGUGAACAUCGACGGGACGCGGACGUUGCUGGAAGUUGCGGGUGGGAAACACGGCGACUGGGGCAGCACAUGCAAGGUAUUCGUGCACACGAGUUCGUGCAGUGUUCUGUCGGACGCCGUGAGCGACUUGAUCAACGCGGACGAGCGGUACCCUUACGUCUGUCCCAACCCGGUCGAGUAUUACUCGGAAACAAAAGUCUACGCGGAGAAGUUGGCGCUCGAGGCGAAUGACAAAGAUGAGUACAAUCACAUGUUGACCUGCGCGGUGCGGCCGGCGGGGAUCGUGGGCGAGGGGGAUCGAGGGGGGUUCUCUGGUGGGAUUUUGACUACAGCAAGCGUCGCGCCGGAUUGGCAAUUACAUAUCCAGCUUGGGGAUGGGAGUAACUUGUUUGAUAACACGUAUGUGCACAAUGUGGUGUAUGGGCUACUGUGCGCGGCGCAGGCACUGUUGUCGACGUACCAUCGGCGCCGAGAGGGGAAAGCGGUGGUGCUGGACCAUGAGCGCGUCGAUGGUGAGGCGUUCAAUGUUACGAACGACCAGCCUACGUACUUCUGGGAUGCUGCUCAUUACUUGUACACGGCGUAUGGGAGAGUCGUCAAGCCAGAAAAAGUCUGGGUGGUGUCCUCGGGUAUGGCGACCUUUGUCGGAGCCGCAGCUGAAGUUUUCAACUGGCUUUCGGGACGGAAGGGCAAGUUCAAUCGCCAGACGGCCAAGUACGCUAUCAUGAACCGGUACUAUAGCUGUGAAAAGCUCAAGAAGAGGACGGGGUACACGCCUAUUGUGUCGAUUGACGAGGGUCUUGCCAGGGCGGUAAAGGAGUUCAAGGCAGCGGAAGAGGACAAGAGGAGGACAGGGUCUGUCGAGAAGAAGAGUCAGUGAUCGAUGGGUGGGAAGCGUUCGCCAGGUGGACAUGUACAUGACAAUUCUAGAAAAGCAUAGUAAUAAGUAUGAGGCCGGAUCAUCCGGAAGUCUGCGAGCAGAA